AUGCGUUCAAGAACCAUGUCCAACAUUGCGGCGAUAUAUGUUGGAGACGUGCAAGCUAUCAGGAAACAGACACGAUCCUCUCGAUUUGGCCGAGUGGAAAACGACUGCACGGCGAUUACGAUCUACAAAUCCGUCGUUCCGCUUCGGCGACAGGGGUCUUUUAUCUCUACUGAGCGCGAUGAUUAUCACCCGACUGCGAACGCAAAGACGAGGAGCCAUGCCGUCCCAUCACUCGGCUUGUGCCAACGGCGAACAUGGGCUGGACGAGUCCAGGUCUAUUGCGACUCGAUGACUAUAAAUGCCAUUGCGCUUUCUCUGCUUCAGACGGGCAUGUCCCAGCUACCGGCCCAGCCAUCGUGUAGGCCACCGGGUCACUUGUCACAUGAAAUCAACCUUGCCUAUCAACAACCCACUGCCGCAGGCUCUUCGAAGUCAGCUAAGGUCUCGUCAGAGUCUGCCCAGCGUGGCUCUCAAUAUCUCCGCAAUAGCUCAGCAAGCAUGAAUGCUCAGUCCGCCGUUACAGGUCUGCGACAAUCGCCUGCAUCACCUGACGCAAUUGACGUUGAUAGCCUACUGGCUCAGCUGGAUCACUCAACAACAGAGUCGUCCUCGAUGCAUGCAAUAGGAACCCAACUCAGCUCCAGCUUAGGACAGGCCGAAAAUAGCUCUCUCGAAAGUCGCACGCUGUCUAGCGUACAGCCAGAUUUGCCCAUACUCAAAAAGGCCGAAGAAUCCCAACGAGAAACAGUUGGCGCCACGAACAACCACACAAUUUCUUACGGUAUUAGACUCGGGCGUAUCAACGAGGAUGUGAAAAAAAUCAAGACGUCUAUAGACUCGUUGAUACCGCCACUCUCAUACGCUGGGAAUAGUUUCGGGGACGGAACCCAAUGA